AAUUUAAUGCAUUUUUCUUUUUGGUUAUUUUAUUUUGUUUAAUUAUUUUUCAAUUGGUUUUACUUGGAUUUCUGAAUUUGAACCUAUAACACUUGGCUGGAUUCAAGGAUUGAUCCAUGGGAAGAAUAUUACUUACUUUUUGCCCUGCCACAUGUUGCAAAUGAGAUAGUCUAGAUCUUGGAAAAAGGGUUGUAAAACUCUUACAUUUUCAAGCUGAUUUGGGAUCUAUCUUUUUCUUGGACAUGCCAGAAACAUUGGAUGAACUCUAAAGAUUAUUCACUUACAAUGAAUAUCAUACACAGUCACUGAAUUUUCUGUGUCUGAGUAACAUCCUGAAAGCUAAUGCUAAUCAAGUCAUGCAGCUAUAUCAUCAUCCAUUUUCUUUAGACAGCCAAAAGGUGAGACUUGCUUUAGAAGAGAAAGGCAUUGAUUACACAUCAUUCCAUGUCAAUCCUAUAACUGGCAAGAAUAUGGAAUCUUCUUUCUUUAGGAUGAACCCUCAUGCUAAACUGCCGGUUUUUAAGAAUGGCUCUCACAUCAUUUUUGACACCAUUGAGAUAAUCCAGUAUAUAGAUAGGAUAGCAGUUGUAUCCUCAGGUGCUGUCAAUGCUGAUCACCUGACCAAUAGUAGCAGAGAAGUGAUUGAAUGGAUGCAUAAGAUACAAGAUUGGGACCCUAAAUAUUUCACACUUCACCAUGUCCCCGAGAAAUAUUGCGACUCUGUAUCCAAAUUCCUUAGGAGGGUUAUAAUUGCUCGGAUGGCUGAGUCACCUGAUCUUGCAAGUGCUUACCAUCGGAAGCUAAAAGAAGCAUAUGAAACAGAAGGCAAGUUGAAAAACCCAGAUGUUGUGAAACGGGGCAAAGAUCACCUUGUUAGACUUCUUGAUGAAGUGGAAACAAAGCUUAAUGAAACAUUAUAUUUAGUUGGUGAGGAGUUCACCAUGGCAGAUAUUACACUUAUUCCAGUACUGGAGCGUUUGGUGCUCCUGGGUUUGAAAGACGAAUACAUAAGUAGUCGGCCAAACAUUGCUGAGUACUGGAGUAUAGUGCAGCAGAGGCCUAGCUAUAGAAAGGUGAUUGGGGGGCAUUUCAAUGGCUGGAGAAAGUACAAAACACUAUUGAAAACAUGGUGCUCUGUUAGUAUCAGAAGUGCAUUGAGGAGAUAUUGAUGAACAGAGGUAAUGUUCUGAUUUUAUGCUGUAAACUAGAGAUGUUCAUAGGGAAAUAAAAAUCAAUUGUAUGUAAAUUUCUCUACAAAUUUCCUCUUUGGUAUUCCGUUGCCUUUUAUGGUGGUAUCUUGGUUGGAAGUUUUAUUUGGAGUGGACCUGCAAAAUUUGUCUUAUUUUUGACCAUGCAUAUAAUCUAUAAUUUGAUUUUCAGCUCUGUAA